AUGAGCAGUGCGAUCAGCAACCUAUUUACCAGCACCCUGCUGCUCAUGUUGGUGUACAGUGUCUUUAUCCAGGUGAUGAAGGGGGCUUAUGAUGUGGAGAGGAGACAUCGUCAGCUCUUGGAGGCAGUUAGCUCCCUGGCUGGCAGGAACCGGCGGAAGCUGACUGAGCGCACUGAGGCGAGUGCACAGGUGUCUGAGUUUGGUGUCAGCUGUGAAGGUGCUGGGGAGAAACUGAUCUUGUCUGACCUACUGGGGCCUAUCAAGGCCUCAUCUUUGCUGGGCACUGUGAAGAAGCAACUGAACAGAGUCAAGCAGAAGAAAGCUGUGGAGCUGCCCCUCAGCAAAAGGGAGGCACAGCGGGUGACCUCAGUUCUGGCUGCACUAACCACAUUUCCUUCUGUGCACCAGGGGGCUUAUGAUGUGGAGAGGAGACAUCGUCAGCUCUUGGAGGCAGUUAGCUCCCUGGCUGGCAGGAACCGGCGGAAGCUGACUGAGCGCACUGAGGCGAGUGCACAGGUGUCUGAGUUUGGUGUCAGCUGUGAAGGUGCUGGGGAGAAACUGAUCUUGUCUGACCUACUGGGGCCUAUCAAGGCCUCAUCUUUGCUGGGCACUGUGAAGAAGCAACUGAACAGAGUCAAGCAGAAGAAAGCUGUGGAGCUGCCCCUCAGCAAAAGGGAGGCACAGCGGGUUGUGAGGGAGGCUGCCUAUGAUAAAACCUCAAAGGCCAUCACCAAGUGGGACCAAGUGGUUCUGCAGAACCGACGGGCAGAGCAGCUGGUUUUCCCCCUGAAGCAGGAACAAUUGACAGUUGCCUCCAUUGAAGAGAGGGUGACUAGCUGGCAGGCACGGACUCCACUGGAGCAGGAAAUCUUCAGUUUGCUUCAUAAGACACGGCAGUUGACAACAGACCCGCUGCUGACACUGCAGGAAGAGGCCUCUUUGCAGGCCAUGAGUCUAGAAGAAGCCCAGCAGCGCCGUGCAGAGCUGCAGAAAGCACGGGCUCUGCAGUCCUACUAUGAAGCCAAGGCACGACGGGAGAAGAAGAUCAAAAGCAAGAAGUUCCACCGAGUGCUGCAGAAGAACAAGCGGCGGGAGGCUCUAAAGGAGUUUGAGGCACUUAAGAAAUCCAACCCUGAAGCUGCCUUGUUGAAGCUGGAUGAGAUGGAGAAAGCUAGGAUAAAGGAAAGAAUGAGCCUCAAGCACCAGAACAAGGGGAAGUGGGCCAGGUCCAGGGCCAUCAUGGGCAAAUACGACCUGGAGGCCCGCAGGGCUAUGCAGGAGCAGCUAGCCAAGAACAAAGAGCUCACACAGAAGGUGUGCAUGGAGCUGGAGGGUGACAAGGAAGUCUGUGUGGCUGAGGAAGGCCUCCUCCCUGAUUCCCUCAACGAGGUGCAGCCUAGCAGAAAUGUAGCUAACCCCUGGAUGCUGGGCAAACUCAGCAGUGAAACAAAGGACUCCGGGAUCCAGGAGGACCUCAAAGCCCCUGCAGAUUUAAAGGAGCCUGAGAGCGAGGGAGAGGAAGAGCCAGUGCUGUCAGAAGAGGAGGCCCUGCUGCAAGAUUUUGAGCAGAGACGGUGGGUGCGGCACUGCCAGAAAGGGAGCCCAGAGCCGCAGGGAGCUAGCAGAGACGAGGAGUUGCCUGAAUCUGUGAGCCCCAGCCAGGCUGCAGGGCAAAUAAACAUGGAAGAUGAACAGAAGCAGGAGGAGCCCUUGCUUUCAGAGCAGCUUGGCCGGCUGUGUGCUAUGGAGGAGAUGGAUGUCCUGGCCUCAGAAGAUUGGGCAGAAGAGCAGGAGCCGCAACAGCCUGCGAGGACUGAGCAGCAGAAACCACACCAGGACACAGCAGUGGCAGAGGACAGACCUAGAGGCAGUCAAACAACAAGGAAAACAGCCAAGCAGAAGAUGAUUGACCUGCAGGCUGUCCUUGCAGGGGAAUCCUGUAUGAUCCACUGCCCCACCCUGCCUGUUGCUGUGCAGGAUGAGGGAGGAGGUACAGACCAGAGGCUGGUCAUCAAGGAGGCCUUUGCAGCAGAUGAUGUUGUUGCUGACUUCCUGAAAGAAAAGAACAAGGUGGAGCAGGAAGGGAAGUCCCAGACUGUGGACCUGUUGCUGCCUGGCUGGGGUGAGUGGAGUGGCACAGGACUCAAACCCAGCGCCAAAAAAAGGAAGAGGUUCCUCAUCAAGCAGCCACCUGGGCCCCCCAGGAAAGAUCGACACCUGCCUCAUGUCAUCAUCAGCCAAAAGCGCAACAUCUUAGCUGCAACACACCAGGUCAAUGAACUCCCGUUCCCCUUUGACAGCCACCACCAGUUUGAGCGGAGCAUUCAGGCACCAAUAGGGCCCAUGUGGAACACACAGCAUGCCUUCCAGAAGCUGACAGCCCCACACCUCAUCACCCAGCCAGGCCACAUCAUCCAGCCCAUCUCCAAUGAGGAUGUUGCCUCUCAGAGCACCACGUCCACUCACAAAGCCAAGCCUGCAAUGGAGCUGACACCCCAGCAAGCCAAACGCCUCCACCAGCACCCUCGCAAGAAAGUUCGAUAAGACACAGUCAGGCUGGAGGGGCCCAUACCACCUCUGAAUGGCAUGCCACCCUUAGCAGGAAAAGUAAAGGUGGCUACCUCUGGGCUGUACAGUCAGGCACUGGCUUGUACUAGGAGCUGUUGUGGAAAUAUCGGGCUGAAACAUUCGUGUCUGAGGAUAGGGGACCCUACCCUCUUCCUCCUGAAUGUGAGCUUCUUUCCUAGUAAAAGUCCUGACAUGCAGGUUCCUCUGUGCCAUUUCUGCCUUGCCCCAGCCCCUUCCAAGCAGGCUGAAAUGGGGGUUAGGAGUUGGAUUAAGCUAUAAUGAGAGAGUGGAGCUUGGCUGCUAGCAGAAGGCAUGUGUUCACACCCUGGUAUGGUUGUAACUUCCUGAAAGGAGCAGUUGGCCUUGCAGUAUCAUGGCUGGGCUGCACCAGCCACCAGGUAAAGCUCUAGCUAGUGUUCCUUUCAGUGUACUUGGGGUAGAGGCACUGUUAUGCUGUAGGAGGGGGCCAUCUCUCUCCAGGUGUUGGUGGGUUGCUUGGGAGGCUAUGAUCUGAGAGGCAUGUAAUGGUGAUGGCAGUUGAGACUGAGCAGUUGAACUUGAACCUCCCUGCUCUGACCCUCCACCUGAUUCCUUCCAUGGCUGUCAGACACAGCUUCUGCUUGGCUGUCAGCUGUCCUCCGGUUUUCCUCCUGAAGUUCCCAGGCCUUGGCACAUUUCCUGAACAGCUGGCCUGGGCACUGCUUGUGGGGCAGCCCCACAAUAGGAGGUACAGCUGAGAUUUUUUUUUCACAUGGUUGGUCUGAUCUAGCCACACUUUGGUGUUCUAGCCUUGGCUGCAUGUAAAAAGGGGGAGACUCAGCUGGUGAUCGUCUAUCCAUGGCUGCUGGGGAGAGGACUUGUGCGUGGGCAGAAAGCUCUCGUUCUAAAGGACCCAUUGGGCCAGAUUUCUUUGCAUGAGAAGCAGUCAGAGUAGGCUGUUUGUGAGUUCUCCAUCUUCUUUUUGGUCUGCAGGAUGUUUUUUUCCUUUCCCCUGGCCAGGCCUUUUCUGCUGCCUUUCCUAUCUCUGUCUCAUGGCUCUGGGAAACAGGACAAGAACUGCAGGCAUUGAGUCAUUCCCCAUCACUGCAAGUGGGGAAAAUAUUUACGAGAGGAAGCUUUCACCAAGUCUGUUGCCUUGUUUUAGAUGGGGCAUGGAACAUGGUGUUGUGCAUGUGGCUUCUGGGCUAGGCCAGCCACAUGGGCAGCUAGAGCUAGGGACAGGUUUUAUUUCCUGUUUCUAGAUGCAGAAAGGCUGACCCCAGAGAAUGAAGAAACCCCUUCCACAACCCUACCCCAUUUCCAAACUGCUUAAGAUUCCCCUCUAUUUAAAGGAAAAGAAAGCAACUUGAAUGCAUACCUAAAAGGGGAGAAAUGGAGGUGCUUUGGGUUGCUGAGGGUAGGUAGUACAUGGAAAUAUAGGAAUACUGUACAAGUGGGGGAAGAGAUGGUCAUUCUCCACAUGUACAGCCAGAGAGGAAACACGGGAAAGGGUCACGUUUAGCUCACGCAGGAAAGGGUCACGUUUAGCUCACAUUUAGCUACAGUGGGAAAGUGGCCUUGCUGUUUUUGCAUGGUACACAAAGUCAUUGUACAAGUGAGUGGUUAACAAGGGAAGGUGGUUGCUUCACAGGUCAAUGAUACACGUAGUCAUGCUUUGCAUAAGUUGGUGCUCGAGAGGUGAUUGCACUGGAAAUGUCCGGUGUAGGAGUGGUAUGGAGGACAUGCAGCUGGCUGCCUACUGCACAGUGGCUGGAGGGAGAGACCUUUUAACCCUGUCCUGUGGCUGCAAUGUAGAUAGGAGUGACAGGGCUUUUAUGCUUGUCCCUGCCUGGGCACUCUGCAUAUGCUCUUUCUUCAGCUCUCAUCUAUCUCUCAGAUGUGAUUUGGAGCCAUAUUGAACAUGUGGGGAGGUUCUUCUGUGUCCAUGGUACCCCCUCACCUCUGCUGUCUUGGCUUCCAAAGAGAGCCCUGCCAUUUUUCAGCCUCUGGAGAGUUCAUAGGGGUCUUGUACAUUGCUGCUGCAUCCGAGGGAAAUACCCUUAUUGUUUCUGGGUUCCUUUUACUGUUAGUGCUGCCCAAGAGUCUUUUUCUCUGCUCUCAACCAUCCUUUGCUCUUCCCCUGUAAAAGAGGAACAUGGCAGGACCACUCUGAAAGGAGAGGUCUUGGAAUUGGAUCUCUCCCAUAGCCCUCCUCUCAGACCAGAACAUCCCACCAUCUAGUCCAUGUCGGGCACAAUCAUGCCACUGACCCAAAUGGGGAGGUCCUGUGUUCCACAGAACAUAGCAUUAUCACUGACAGGCUAAAAGGACAUGUAACUUUCAGACCAGCAGCUGAGGAUGAUGUUCUUUGGGUGAAGGAAAUAAAACUCGAAAAGAAGAAACCACAGUUAUGUUCUUAAUAUCCAGAAAGAUUGUUUGUGUGGGCCAGUGGCAAGGCUGGAGCCAAAGCAUAAGCUUCUGCCCAGCUGCAUCAAGCUCACAUCACAAAUCCUGACAUUUGGUAAAAGUAAUAAAUGUGUAGGUUCUUU